CCCAACCGUUCCUCGCGGGACUCUUCCAUUUUAGAUUCCUCGAGGGAGAGACUUGGAGAGAGAAAAAGAAGCCGCCAUUUUGAAGACAGCCGCCUUCUGGCUCCUGAAAGAUUCUGACUGCUCUUUUUUUUUUCGGGGAGAAGGAAAGGCAAAUACAAGGGGAAGGGGAAAAGGAGAGGCUGCUAUUCACGGAUAUAAUAUAAUCUCCCCCUUCAUAGACUCAUUUUGGUUCAGUCCGCGCAACAGAAGAGCGAGCAGCCGGGGCAGCGACUGCGCAUGCGCAAAGUCAGCUGGAGAGCGCAUGAGGCUCAGAUCCCUCCAAAGGUUUUAAAGUAGGGACCUCCAUCUCUCCUGGACCUGCCGCACAUCAUGGUGACCGAGAAGGAAGUCGAGAUGAUCGGCCGGACUCUGGUGGAUUCCCAGAGACCUCUGACGGACCGUUUCCGGGCGCUUUUCACCCUCCGAAACCUGGGGGGCCCUGCGGCCAUUGAGUGGAUCAGCAAGACCUUUGCGGACGACUCGGCUCUCCUCAAGCACGAACUCGCUUAUUGCCUCGGACAGAUGCAGGACGAGAGAGCCAUCCCCGUUCUCGUUGAGGUCCUCCAAGACGUCCGUCAGGAACCCAUGGUCCGCCACGAAGCAGGAGAGGCUUUGGGAGCUAUUGGGAACCCCAAAGUCCUGGACAUCUUGAAGCAAUAUGCUGACGAUCCUGUCAUUGAGGUGGCGGAGACGUGCCAGUUGGCCGUAAAGAGGAUAGAUUGGCUCCAGGAGAACAAGGACAAACCUGUCACAGGGCCUUACUGUUCUGUGGACCCGGCGCCUCCAGCUGAGGAGGUCAACGUGGGGAAACUAAGGCAAGUUUUACUGGACGAGUCACGACCGCUAUUUGAGCGCUACCGGGCCAUGUUUGCACUUCGGAACCUGGGAGGAGAAGCUGCUGUCUUGGCCUUGGCUGAUGGCCUGCAGUGUGGCAGUGCCCUCUUCCGCCAUGAAAUCGCUUAUGUCUUAGGCCAGAUGCAGCACGAAGCCGGUGUCCCACAGCUAACGGCGUCUUUGGAGAGCGCUGCUGAGAACCCCAUGGUACGCCACGAAUGUGCCGAAGCAUUGGGCUCCAUUGCCAAGGCGUCUUGCUUGGCCACCUUGCAGACUUAUGCCCAGGACAAGGAGCGGGUGGUCCGCGAGAGCUGCGAAGUCGCCUUGGACAUGUACGACUAUGAGAACGGGACGGAUUUCCAGUAUGCCGACGGACUGAGCAAACUGAAGACCUCAAACUGAAGGCAGGCGGGGGUGGGUUUCCCCCCUGCUGUCUUACUUCUUCUCCUGCUCCUACAUCUGUUUUGUGCUCAGUAAUCCAAACAGAACCGGGAGCAGUAGGGAAAAUCACUGCGGUCUUAAGUUAUUACCUUUCUCUUGGUGGAGGAGUCAGAGGCAAGAUAUCUAUUGCUCAAGAACUUUGUGGUGUAUUGGUGAUGGUACUGCAGCUCUAGUGGGGGAUUCUGGAUGUUGCAGUCCAGGGUGGUCACUUUUCCAGACACUCAAGGAACAUGGCAAUAGGGAUCUCAUCUGUCCCCACCACAACUACUUCUUGCCCAUGGUGGCACACAGUGUCUCAGAAACAUCCUCUCUCCAUUUCUGAGCAAGUCACAUGUAAGUCGUGGAUCCUCUUAGGCCAAACAGUUGCAUUCCCCCAUCACACCUCAAAUUUUCCAACCUUUCUUCCACUCCAUUGACUUGCCUCUGUACCAUUUGCCUGUUUGUUUGUUUCCAGAACAAAAUAUACUAGACCUUUAGACAUCUCAUUCUCGUAGUUCCUCUGGGACAUUAUUAUUGCAAAGAAAACAAGCAGUUUUUUACGCUGGAGAUGAGGGUGAUGGGAAAUAAAAGCUGACUCUCCUAA